CUAUUAAAGGAAACAACAGUUAGUGGAGCACAAAUUUAUUUGUCAACUAACGUCAUACUGGGAAUUGGGGUUUACAGUAUUUAGCAGCAUCUUGAAAAGAAUCCUGAUUUACGACGAAGCUAUGUCGCUUUCAGUUAAGUGUAAUCGGAAAUGGCAAGACAGUGUUGGUUUUUAGACGCAGAGGUGCCAAACGAGAUUGGAGGGCUAAAUGGCUCUAAACCUACACCGCUGUGACGUAUUCCCAAGCAAUAGGCACACACACACAAAAGGAAGGAAAGACCACUGCGAUACUUAGCACUGUGAGGCGACAAAACAAGUUCAGCGGCAAGGGGGGUUGAAAUAAUCGCCGUUAAUAACUCUACCCACCCAGCUGGGGUCGUACAGCAGGAAAAUUUAGCGCCGGAUUGCAACGAUAGCUAACUUUCGGAAGCUGCGUGACAUGAUCAAACAGGCUGUCGAUUGAAAAUAAUCUGUGUUUACAGAUGACGUGAAACCUACGCAAACAAAGGGCAGAAAAAAGCAGUGAGCUUGUUGUAUUCAGCACUAGGUCAUUUACACUGCCGCAGGGAGAUGAAUUUCAAUGCCCGUGUUAACUGAGGUGGAAAUGGGCGGAGCUGAAUCCUCAUCUUACGAGCGGAUAUAAAAGCGAGAGCGGACUUAUACAGAUAAGCUGAUUACAGCUGGCUGGCAGUAGGUCUGUCGUAUGCUGAUGUGUAAUCCAGUCUUGGGAAACCGUCGCACCGAACAAGAAACCGAUGGCUCUCAACCGGGAAACGACUCUCAUUUUGCUGAUUAUCCUUCUCACUGGAACUGUAACCAAUGGUUUGGAAGACUCCUUCACCAUCAUAACAGAUGAGGAUGACCCGGUCACAUUUGACUUUCUGAAGUACAACAAAGCUUCUGAAAAGCUUGCUCCAAACGUCAUCAUUGUUGAGCAUCCGAAAUAUGGAGCAUUUACGAGUUCACCAGACGGCAACCUCAACAUACAAAACGAAAUGUGUGACGCUCAAGCAACGUACAUUCCAAACGAGGACUUCUCAGGUGAAGAUGUCUUCGUGUAUUCGUAUCUUUACGAAAAUCUUACGACGACUUCCGAUGGCAAACUUCAAGCUAGAAUCAUCGUCCGACCACAGCCUGAUCCUAUUAUUGCGCAGUCUGAUGAGAUCGCCAUGACAUCCGAUGAUGGUCACGUGCAUAUUCCAGUAUUAAAGAAUGAUUACAGCAAGGACAGAUCAGCAGUGUGUAUAACGACAGAAGAGAAACAUUACUCGGAGGCAAAAAAGCAGAUGAAAUUUGAAGAUGUAGCAGUGCACCUGGGCAUGACCGCAAUCCAGCAGAAACCACCGAAGGCUCCUGAAUGCUUGUUUGACCAGUUUGAUCCAAGGCUAAAAAUCUGGAUUCCUGGUUCGUUUUGUAUUGUAGAGAUCAGCUCUGGUGCGGCAGCAACUGCAGACUACGAUGGCGACGGGCUCAUGGAUAUUUACUACGCGCGCAUGGAUGGUCCAGAUCAGCUGUGGCGUAACCUUGGUAACGGCACUUUUAAGGAGUUUACUACCGAAGCCAACCUUAGCUCGACUGCUUUCCACCGCUCGUCAGCUGUAGCUUGGGUGGACGUAGACAACGAUGGUGACAUGGACAUUUACGUGGGUACCAUGGCGGAGAAUAGAUUUUACCUGUACAUAAAUGAUGGCAUGGGCCAUUUUACUGAGGAGGCCGAAGAGAGGGGCGUCGCUUUAAAGCCUGUGAUACCACCAUACAAAACAAGCACCAUGACCAUUGCAGUCGGGGAUUACGACAGAGAUGGCUGGCUUGACAUGUACACCACAGAGUGGCUACCUCAUCUUGAUCUCGGCUUCGAUUACAAAAACUUCACCCACUCGAACUGCCGCCUGCUCAGGAAUCUGGGAGCGCAAGGCAAACCGGGAUACUUUGAAGAUGUGACGGAGCACGCGGGACUGGGGAAGACCAAGGAGCCUACAGUGGCCGCAGACAGGUUUGGUGGAGUUGAUGUGAGGUACUACGGUGUGAUGAACACUGGUUUGCUCAGGGAUAUCAUUCCAGGACCGUUUAAGUUGGCAGCCAUGUUUACUGAUUUGGAUAACGAUGGUCACCAAGACCUUAUAGUGAAUGGAGAUUUUAAAACAAGCGCUAUCUACUGGAACAAUGGUGACGGAACGUUCACAGAGGGGACUGAGGAGAGCGGUGUUGGAACGGACGAGAAUGGCAUGGGUUCCACAGUAGGGGACUAUGAUCUUGACGGCCUGCAGGACUGGUUUGUAAGUAGCAUUUACAUGUCUAAGGAACAGAUGGAGCCUUUUAGAGAAGUGUACCUUGGUGGAGGAAUCAUAUUUGGAAACACUGGGAACAGGCUUUUCAGGAACGAGGGAGGCCGUAAAUUCUCUGACCAGACUGACGCGGUUGGAGUUCGUUUCGGGAACUGGGCCUGGGGUGCAGCGUUUUUUGACUUUGACAACGAUGGGGACCUGGAUCUCAUUCACACAAACGGUUUUGAUGACCCAGAAGUGACUGAUACUGAUUUCCUUCACCACACGCCAACGCUCCUAUACCGAAACACGUUUUUUGAGGACAAUAACGGGCAAAUCCAGUUUGAGAAAAUUGGAGCCAAUAUGGGCGUCACUGAUGUUUUUGAUGGACGAGGAGUGUUCGUCUUCGACUACGAGGAAGAUGGCGAUUUAGAUGUUUUCAUUGCAAACAACGCUAAUCGUCCCGUUCUUUAUCGCAACAUUGGAGGCAACAGCGUCGAUUACAUUCGCGUCAAAGUUCUUGAGGCUGGCGUGGAUAGGGAGAGUUAUGGCGCAUGGGUCUUCAUGUAUUCUCCUCGGCUAGAGAAGGAAGUCAUUCGCGAGGUGCGAAGCGUAUCCGGGUUCUCAGCCCAAGGAGAAUAUGUAGCUCACUUUGGGCUGGGUACGGAAACCGCUGACACUUUCCGAAUCCGCGUCUACUGGCCAGCCACUAACAACACUCGGAUUAUUCACGACGUGCGACGCCGAUCAUCUGUUACAGUGCGUGAUAUCUGGGGCCAUCGUAAUGUAGUUGAGGAGACCACUUCACCAAGUGAAUCGGUUCCAGAGUGCACCAGAUUGGUAGUGAAGGAGGUGAUCCGGGCGCCAGAGCAUGGGCAACUGGUGGUAGGCCCGAAGCACGUGACAUACUAUCCUGACGCGGAAUUUUCUGGGGAAGAUAGUUUCAAUUAUGCUGUAAGUGAUGGAGUGAGCACAGCAGUUGCUACGGUCAAUGUCAAGGUCGACAAAGUGGAAGCCCCUGCACCCUCACCAGACCAGUUAUCAGAUAAGUUUGCUCGACUGGACGCUGUCAACAACAACCCCGCUCAGCCCGACUGCGGCAAACCAUUCAUGCCGCUUCUACGCCUGCUACCUCCUGCUUACGACGACGGCUUCGACGCACCUGCGGGCUCAAACAGGUCAAGCCCUCGACUUAUUUCCAAUGUUGUAUGUGACCAGCGAGUUGAUGUUUUCAGUAAGACCGGCCUAAAUGACUUCCACGUGCACUUUGGACAGAUGCUGGCUCAUGACACUGACUUCGCCACGCCAUAUGCAAAUUUCCUCACCACUGAUAAUUUAGGUAUCCCGAUUCCCGAGGGUGACCCGUGGUUCGACCCACACGGGACAGGCAAGGAAAUUAUGCGAUUCAGAAGAUCUGGGAUCCUGCAGACCAGCGGUAAAAUGCAUGGACGACCACGUGAACAGAUCAACAAAGUUACAGCUUUUAUUGAUCUGUCUCUAGUGUACGGCUGUGAUGAUGGGCGAGCAAAAGCUCUACGUACCAUGACAAACGGGAAACUGAAACACCAGUCAAGUGAUAUUCUAGACUUCAACACUAAGGAAGUUACCAACCUGAACCUCCUCAACGGACCACGAGACAAAAUGCUUGUUUCUGGAGAUAACCGAGUGAACGUACAACCGGGCCUUAUUGCCUUACACACCCUGUGGUCACGUGAGCACAAUCUGAUCUGUGACGAGCUCCUUCGGCAGCCUGGAAACGAAAAUAUGGACGACGAGACUCUGUUCCAGCACGCACGGGCUUUGGCUCGUGCCAAAUGGCAGAAGAUAGUCUGGAACGAGUUUCUUCCCACAGUGAUCGGCCUGGAGGAGUUCGAGAAACUGGGGCAGUACCAGGGAUACAACGCAUCUAUCAAGGUUGGCAUUUUCAACGAGUUUGGCACAGCGGCCUUUAGGUUUGGUCACAGUCAAGUGGGAAAUAUCAUGCCGCGACUGGACGAGAACUGGACCAUGAUUGGUAACGGUCACUUAUCCUUGCGUGACGCCUACUUCAACCCAGGACGCGUGCUCCAUGAGGGUGGUAUUGAGCCGCUGAUAAGAGGUAUGAUGGUACAGAAGGCUCAGGAAGUCGACUUGAAGUUCUCUGACUCGGUGCGUAACUUCCUCUUUGGAACAAACACGAUGGGGCUCGAUCUUGUGGCUAUAAACAUUCAAAGAGGAAGAGAUCACGGGAUUCCAGAUUAUAACACUGUCCGUGAAGGAAUAGGCUUGCCAAGGCGUAAAUCUUUUGCCGAUGUUACUCCAGACAAGAAGAUACAAGAGAAGUUAGAGCAGGUCUACUCGAGUAUUGAUGAUGUUGAUCUGUGGAUCGGUGGUUUGGCGGAGCCCCAUGUCGAAGGAGGAACUGUGGGCGAAACGUUUGCUCGCAUCAUCGCUCUUCAGUACCGCGUGUUACGCGACGGAGACCGGUUUUGGUACGAGAACGUAAACACGGCAUUGUAUCAGCUGAAGGACAGGACCAAUAUACCAACCCAAGGAACUACUAUGGUAGAGGUGCUGUUUAGGACCACUGGAAUCAAGUGGAAAGGUUCUCCAUUUAUCGCUCAGGACAACUGAAGUAAUCAACAAAAACCCAGCUCAAAGUAUUGAAAAGUCCGCUGGGUUGGCACUGUCAAUCAAACUGAGCAAACGACGCGAGGAGUUACAACGGUAGUCACCAGACUCUCGCACGUUGUUAUCGCGUGCACUGUGAUAAAAGAUACAAGUGACAAUGUUUACUUAGGCAAGCGAGCGA